CACUGCACGUGUUUUAAAAAUUCGCAUUGUUGAUACGUCGUUCGAAAUUACAGUGCGUUUAAUUUUAAUAUUAAUGCACUUAAAAACAACGUUAUGGACGUAAAUAUCAACAAGCUGCGGCGCAGUGCGCAACAGUUAUUACAACUAACCGCCAGUCAGCCUCAAGAGGAUGUGUUUGUCUUAAGUUUGCAAAAGUUUCUCAAGAAGAAACGCUAUGUAGAACAAGAUGUGGAGCGACUGUUCGGCAGUCUCAGCCAACAGUUGACGAUCUCUGACUACACCGUGCCCAUUGCCACCAGUUUUGAGGAGCAAUUGUUGCUGCUGCUUACGAUGUCGCUGCAAUGUGAUCCAGCUGAGAACGUGCAGCAAUAUAGAUUGGAGGCAAUUGCGUUGGCCAAGUUGUUGCAUCUGUCCAUGGAUGCAAAGAGAUUUUCAAAGAGCUACUUUCGCAACAAGCCAGCGCCGUUUGAAGAGAAACUGGUUAGCCAGAACCCAAGUAAAAAGGCAAAGAAGUCACAAGCAAAUGGUGCUGCAGUUGUAAAAGAAGACAAAUCAGUGAUAGACAUCGUGCAGUGCUGCUUCCAACUGUUAAAGAGUGAUGUCGUAUACUACAGAGAACUCUGGGACUGGUCACAGUUUCUUGCUAAUUACUCGCAACAUAACUUUGGCUGUCAGCUGACAACCCUUUACUGCAAUCACAUCAUGGCCAUGCUAACGGAUAUGACAGCCACACAGUUGUAUCAACUGAAUGCACAAAUUCCACCCAAGAUACAGCUAAAGUUUGAGGAGCAACAGUGCCUGGCCGCCACGUGCCCGGAAUGUGAAUAUUUACCUGAUUUGGCGGAACAACAGCUGACCAUAAAGCUGGAGAAGGCGCAUCAGAGCGUAACCAAUAUUGAAGGCGUGCUGAUGCCCAUCUUCAACAAGGAGAAUCAGAAUUUCUAUGCCGAGACUGAUGGCUGUUACGAUCGUAUCGUAAAAGUCGACUCAACCAUUGUCAAUCUGCGCAGUAUUGCGCUGGGAGUGGCCGCGGCAAAACCCAUUUGUCUUUCUGGUCCCGUUGGAUGCGGCAAGACUACUCUAAUUGAGUACUUGGCACGUAAGACUGGACGUAUUUGUCCGAAGCCCAAGGAGUUUGAAAUGCGUGAAAAAGCAUUGCGCGAAGCGCAAGAAGAGGAUGAAUUACUGAAGCCGAAAAAGAAACCGAAAGCACCAAAAAAUGUAGGCGGCAAGCGAAAAGCCGAUGAGCAACCAUUGGAAGAUUUAAUGGUAUUGGAGGAUGGCGAUGCUCUUGCCAAACGAAAUGGAUUCUUACGUAUACAGUUGGGGGAUCAGACUGACAGUAAAAUGCUAUUGGGUCAAUAUCGUUGUACAGAUGUGCCCGGCGAAUUUGUCUGGCUGCCCGGAGUGUUGACUCAGGCUGUUAUGCAUGGCUAUUGGCUGCUAUUGGAGGAUCUGGAUGCCGCCACACAGGACACUUAUACGAUAUUAAGCAGUCUGCUGGAACGCAAUUCCCUGAGCGUGCCUGGCUUUAGGGAUUGCGUCAAGAUUGAGCCAGGCUUUCAGCUGUUUGUCACAGUGCGCACCAAUAAAUCGUCAAGCAACUCGAGUCAAAAGUCUCUUUACUCUUUGCUGGAGAAAUACUUGUAUACCAUCAACAUUCUGCCACUUUCUCGCAAUGAACUGUGCAAAGUUGUGAGCACCAACUAUUCCAAACUGGCAACUGUUGCCAAUCGCAUUGUCGAUGUGUUUCUGACCUUCUCCAGUGGCGAUCACACAUCAGCUGAUAAUUUGCGCCAGCAGGAGAGCAAUGACAAGGCCGACACCACGGAAAACUAUGUGGCAUUGCCAUUCGAGCAGGUGACGCUGUCUUCCAUGCCGAACUCGGGCCGUCUGGUAUCCACGCGUGAUCUUGUUAAACUGUGUCAACGUGCGAAUGCUCAGUUCUCGGUGACGAGCUCCGAAUGUGCUUACUUUGUCUUCCAAAAUGCCGUCGACGUGUUUUGUUCGUACUUGCCGAAUAGCAAGGAGAAAACAGCGUUGAUCACAAAUAUUGGUGCUAAGCUGGGCAUUAUAAGAUCACGAUGCGAGCACUUUGCCAAUGACUACAAGCCGGAUGUCGAAUUCGGCAAGGAAUUUUUUAAAAUUGGACGUGCAUCAUUGCCGGCAAAGCUCGAGGAAGAGGAAAUCAAUGGUCAGCAAAGUGCAACAAAACGACUGAAGCUAACUACGGAGACCAAGAGAGCUAUACCCAAGUUCCAGGCUAAGAGAGCGACAUUCUCCUUUACGCGGCUAGCCAGCUGCAUUCUGGAACGUAUUGCCGUAUGUGUCAGCCACUCGGAGCCAGUGCUGCUGGUGGGAGAGACUGGUGUGGGCAAGACGUCAUCGGUACAGUAUUUGGCGGAGCGUACGGAGCACAAACUUGUGGCCAUCAACAUGAACAAUCAAUCGGAUGUUUCUGAUCUCGUUGGUGGCUUUAAACCUGUAGAACUGAACUAUGUGCUUGCUCCAUUGCGCUACGAGUUUGAGCAUCUGUUCAGUGAAACUUUCAAUGCGGAAAAGAAUCAACAGUUUCUGCUGAUCUUUGCCAAGCAUUUCAACAGUGGACGCCACAGCGUCAUCAUACGCACCAUGCUCAAUGUGUGCAAUGGUAUGUUUACAAAGGCAGAGCACAAGCACAAUCCAUUGCUGCCACGCUGGCAAACGUUGCGUGAGAAGCUGCAACGGUUGCAGACGCAGCUCGACAAGAGCAUUAAUAUAUCGUUUGCCUUCAUACCCGGCUCCCUGGUCAAUAGCAUCAGUAACGGCGAUUGGGUGCUGCUGGACGAGAUCAAUUUGGCUUCCGCCGAGACACUAGAGUGUUUGUCUACCAUUUUAGAACCAGAGGGAUCGGUGGUUUUACUCGAACGUGGCGACUUUAUGCCGGUGAAGCGACAUCCUGACUUUCGUAUAUUCGCCUGCAUGAAUCCCAACACAGAUAUUGGCAAAAAGGAUUUGCCUGUUGGUAUACGCAAUCGUUUUACCGAAUUCUUCGUGGACGAACUGACUACAGAUGCGGAUCUGAGUCUUCUCGUGGGCGACUAUCUAGCCAAUUCGGGCAUACAACGCAAAGCUGUGCACAGCAUUGUUCAGCUAUACAAAAAUCUGCGACGUCUCUCUGAGCUCCAGCUCAACGAUGGCCUCGGCAACCGUCCAGUUUACUCUCUUCGUACACUCUGUCGCAGCUUAAGGAUUUGCGCUCGAAAUUUAUGCGGUUCCAUUGAGCGUAAUCUGUACGAGAGCUUCUGUUUGAGUUUCCUCACUCAACUGGAUCCCGAAUCACAUCAAAUUGUGCUGCUGCUCAUUCGUGAUGCGCUGCUGCACAAUGCAAAGGCUGUGCUGAAUCAUUCGCUGCCGCAGCUAGGUGAGAAUUACCUACAAUUUGAAGGCUACUGGAUACAGGAAGGCGGUCUUGAGGUGCAGUCAUGCGAGCACUACAUUCUGACGGACAGCGUCAAGAAGAAUCUACAGGAUUUGGCGCGUAUCAUUUCGAUUGGAAAGCUGCCCAUUCUGCUGCAGGGACCCACAAGUGCGGGCAAGACCAGUUUAAUUGACUAUGUGGCCCGGAGGAGUGGCAAUCGUUGUCUACGCAUCAACAAUCACGAGCACACAGAUCUGCAGGAGUAUAUUGGCACCUAUGCCGCCGAUGUCACCGGCAAGUUGAGCUUCCGUGAAGGUGUCUUGGUGCAAGCAAUGCGCCAUGGUUAUUGGAUCAUUUUGGAUGAACUGAACUUGGCCUCGACGGAUAUCCUGGAGGCUUUGAAUCGUGUGCUCGACGAUAAUCGCGAGCUGUACAUUGCCGAAACUCAAACGCUGGUCAAGGCGCAUCCCAAUUUCAUGCUCUUUGCCACACAGAAUCCCCCAGGACUUUAUGGUGGCAGGAAGACGCUGUCACGUGCCUUCAAGAACCGUUUCAUUGAGCUGCACUUUGCGGAUAUACCGCGUGCCGAGCUGGAGACCAUAUUGGAGAAGCGUUGCCUUAUUCCCGCUUCCUAUGCGCGAAAGAUGGUGCAGUGCAUGACACAGUUACAGCAGCAUCGCAAGAACACCUCGAAACAAGUGUUCACGCUGCGUGAUCUCUUCCGUUGGGGCAAUCGCUAUACGUUAGCGGAUAAGUCACUGCAGCUGGAUACGAAGUACGAUUGGAAUCAGCAUUUAAUCGAGGAAGGCUACCUGGUUCUCUCGGCCAAAGUACGCACAUCGGAGGAGCUGGAGCUGAUUGAAAAGACACUGUAUGGCAACUUCAAGAAGCGUGUGGAUCUGGAACUGCUCUUUGACAUUCACAGCAAGCGCGAGACCUCUGCUGUUAGUCGCGACAUUCUUGCGGCCAUAAGGAAUUUCAAGCAGCGCGGCGACAUUGUAUGGACUCGCAACAUGACCCGGAUGGCGGUACUGACCGCCAAGGCUUUGCAGUUUGAUGAGCCAGUGUUGCUGGUGGGUCCAACUGGUUGUGGUAAGACUACAGUCUGCCAACUGCUCGCAAGCAUUGCGAAUGUGCAGCUGCGUAUUCUCAAUUGCCACAUGCACACGGAGGGAGCGGAUUUCUUGGGCGGACUACGUCCCUGCCGCAGCCAGGAGAAUCAAACGCAGAAACUUUUUGAAUGGGCUGAUGGACCGCUCAUCUAUGCCAUGCAGGAAGGUUCCUACUUUAUGGCAGAUGAAAUCUCCCUCGCCGAGGAUUCAGUGCUCGAACGUCUCAACUGCAUAUUGGAACCAGAGCGUAGUGUACUGCUGGCGGAGAAGGGCGGCGUUGUGGAGGAGGAUAUGGUGGAAAAUGAAGCUAACAAUAUUAACAAGGACUUUGUGGUUCAGGCAAAGGCGGGCUUCCAGUUUCUGGCCACCAUGAAUCCAGGCGGUGACUUCGGCAAGAAGGAAUUGUCACCAGCGCUGAGGAAUCGCUUCACUGAGGUUUGGUGUGUGCCCUCGGACAAUAAAGCGGAUCUCAUCGAGAUUGCGUACAAUUGCAUGCAUCGUGGUGAAUCCAAUAGCAGCUCCUUGAAGAACACGCACAAAAUAGCCGACUAUUUGGUAGAAAUCGUGCUGUUCAUACGCGACUCCAACGAGAAGUUCAAGUUUUCUGUGCGCGACAUAUUGGCAUGGGCCAACUACAUGGUCAGCAAUGCGCAUCUCACAUUUGCGGAGCAGGCCAUCUUUGGACUGGAGACCAUCUUCCUGGAUGCGCUGGAGAUGCUGCCCCAUGAGUCACAGACGCAAAUAGAGGCGCUCAAGGAAACGAUCAUCGAGUAUGCCAUCAAAAAGGCGGGCGAGAUACUCGACGAACACUUUGAGCUGUCACACGUGACCCAGAAACGUGGUCAACAAGUGGAACUUGAUGAUCGCAGCUUUGGUAUACGUCCAUUUUUCAUUGAUGUCAAUAGAGAACGCUUAACGCCGGCCAAUGCAGAUUUCCUUUUCGAUGCACCGACUACCAAACAGAAUCUAUUCCGUCUGCUGUCUGCUCUCUCGCUGCAGAAACCGGUGCUACUAGAGGGACCACCUGGAGUGGGCAAGACCUCGAUUGUGGAGAGUAUAGCGCAUGCCAUUGGCUACCAGAUUGUGCGCAUCAAUCUUUGCGAGCACACAGAUCUAGCCGAUCUCUUCGGCACCGAUCUGCCCGCUGAAGAUAAUCUACUGGAACGUGUUGAGGCACAAAGUCAGCUUGGCAGCUUUGUGUGGCGCGAUGGACCGUUGCUGGCUGCCCUGAAGGCCCCAAACACUUGGAUACUACUCGAUGAACUGAAUCUGGCACCACAAUCGGUGCUGGAGGGUCUCAAUGCGGUGCUCGAUCAUCGUGGUGAAGUCUACAUCCCAGAGCUAAACAAGAGUUUCCAGCUAACGGCUUCAACGCGCAUCUUUGCCUGUCAGAAUCCUUUGAAACAGGGCGGCGGACGCAAAGGAUUGCCACAAUCAUUCCUCAAUCGGUUCAACAAGGUUUAUUUGCGCAAGCUGAGCACCGAGGAUCUGCUGCAUGUGGUGAAUAUCAAGUAUGCGAAUUACUUUGAACAACUUAGCAAACACUUUGGCGCUCUUUUGGAAACGGAACAACUGCCCAAGGGCAAUCUUUUUGAGCUCUUCAGCAAACAAUCUACAGCUGAAGUUACGCGUGAAGUAACCUUCGAUUUGGCUGCUCGCCUGGUGCGCUUCUCGGAGCAACUGGAUCGUGGUGUGGCCACCAUGGAAUUUGGCUACAAGGGCGGUCCCUACGAGUUCAAUUUGCGUGACAUUCUGCGAUGGUGUGAUCUGCUACACAAUCCUGAGACUGGCUACCUAAUGUUAACCGAAUCCACAACGUUCCAAGUGGCCUUCAAAGACUUUUUACUCACGCUCUACGAGCGCAUGCAACUGGUUUACUAUCAGCGCAUGCGUUGUGACCAGGACAAAUUGUACAUUAGGAACAUCUUUGCCGGUGUUUUCAAUUGCGAUGCUGAACAGUUGAAUGCCAUUGCCGAAGAUGUGGCGCUCUAUUGGACAGCGGACAAGGUGUAUCUUAAUGAUGUCGUUUUGCAACGUGAACAAGUGGCUUUGGGUUCAGCUCAGCGUCAGGAGAAGGCGCCGCUUCUUUUGUCCACACAGCGACAGUUGCUCAAGCAAAUUGUGGAGACGGUGCAUAUGGAGAAGCCUCUGUUGCUUUGCGGUGCCACAGACAGUGGCAAGACCAAGUUGAUUGAUGCCCUGUGUGUGCUCUCAAAUCGUGUCUGCAAUUCGGAUAACAUUGAUGAUUCUGUUACGGGCAGUUUUCAACAGAUUGAUCUCAAUCGUCAUCUGGAGGAGAUUUACAAAAAUGUGCAGGCAUUGGUGUUUGGCGUUGUGCAAAAGGCUUUUCUACUGCAGAACGAGUCAAAGUUUGUGGAGCAGCUGUGGCGCACUUGGAGCAAAUACAAUCAACUGGUGCGACCUACCACAGACUCACAGCAACAAAGCGUAGCAGAGGAGCUGCAAUUAUUUGAACAGCGUCUGACGGCACUUGACGAUAUCAUCAACAAGUUGCUGGAAACGCCACAACAAUGUCGCAUUGCUUUGUUCCAGCAGUUGCCACAGAAUAAAUCACAACUCUCCCUACUCCAAUCGUACCUCAAGUCAACUGAUUCCCUCAACACUGGUGGCUCCUUCGAGUGGGUUGAUUCACGUAUUGUGACAUCGUUAAAAUGCGGUCAAUAUAUAUUGUUGGAGCAUGUAAAUCUAUGCUCUUCAGCAGUGCUGGAUCGUCUAAAUCCUGUCUUCGAACCUAAUGGCAGUCUGCUGAUUGCGGAGAAGGGUAUCAGUGCCCAAGAUAGCGCCGAGGUGGUGCGAAAAUCUCCCAACUUCCGCGCCUUUCUCACAGUGGAUCCCAAGAAUGGUGAAUUGUCGCGUGCCAUGCGCAAUCGAUGUGUGGAACUGUCGCUAUCCAUGGCCAAGGAUGCCUACAGCAUUGAUGAUAUGCGUGCGAUUGUCCACGGUCAAGGCGUGCAUCAAAUUGCAGCCAUUAACUGCAUGUUGAGCAUUCAUCGUCAGAUCACUCAGCUCACAGAGUUCAAUGCGUAUACCAUCUCGCAUCUGACGCAGUUUGCGUUUCUUAGCGCUGCCUACAAGCACAUUGGAUACGAGUUGAAACGAGCCAUCUACGUGGCCGCCAUGGAAGUUUAUGUGUAUGCGGCUAACAUGGACUUAAUGGGCUUUGGCCUGUCUUACUAUCAGAACAAACUGCGCGAAGUGGUGCUAACACAAACGGAAGCUUACGGCGAAGAAGAGACCGAUGCAGUUCAGCAGGUGGAUUAUCUUAGUGAUGUCAUACUUUGCACGGAUGAUCUUAACGAAUUGACGCUUAUCAAACUGCAAGCGGCGACGUUGAAGCUACUGCUACAAACAACGAACAAAGACGAGGUGCCCAAGGAGCAGUUGGCAUCGCUCUUCCAGCGCAUGGAAUCGCUCAACUUGGAUCAACUGAAUCUGGAGCAGCUACGUCGCUUUUUCCUAUACAUGCUGUAUGAGGCUAGCACCUUUGGAGAUCUGCAAUUGAGGCAUCUUUACAUACAACAAUUGCUUUCGGAGCAACCUGAACUGCAGCAAUUGUCCUCGAGUCUCUUUGAUUGCUUGCGGUUGCAAGGGCAACGCUUCCAUCUAUCGUUGACUGAUCUACCCUGGCAUAGAAGACUGUUUCCACGACUGCGUGACUAUGCAACAACGCAGCAACCUGGCAAUGCUGCCGAUGACAACGCAUUAGCGCUGAGUACAGCUUUGUGGGCGCAAUUGCUGCUCAAGAAGAUUCCAAGACAACCAGUAACCAAAUUACAGCAGCUGGAUGCCUUACAGUAUUCCCAGGCAUUGCUAAAUGACCAAAUCACCGACAAAUACAGUAAUGAAUUUUUACUCAACCUCUCGACUUUCCUCGAUGCACUGCUUGAAGCACUGCAGCAGCAUUUGAGCUCCGCUAAGUUCGAGCUGUCGCAUUAUGCAAAGUUCUUGAACAAAUUCCAUUGGUUCAAUCGUUUGUUGGCCACAUCGCAGCAGUUAUUGCUGCAAAACAACGAGUUGCAUAUUCCAUUGAUGCAUAAACUGGUGCUGCACUUCAAGUGGUUGGAGAAACAUCUGCUCGCAGGCAUUCUAAAGGCUUGGCCUGAUUUCCUGAAAGUGCACAAAUCGCUGCUUCUCAGUCUGGAGAAGUUGAGCAACUAUGUUCAGCAGACGAAGCGACCAAUCAAUGCUGCCAGCAAAUUGUAUGCCAAGCAGUUUACACAAUUCCAACCUUACUACCUAGAACAGCAGAUUGCACUGUUCGAGCAAACGGAGCAGCUGCAUCAGCUACUGAAUGUGGUGCCGCAAUAUGGUGGCAUGGACAGCAAACUCUGGUUACAGAAGUGGUUGGUUCUACAGUCCGAUGAUGCCCACAAAUGGCGUGCUUUCCAGCGAGCAUACACUGAGAGUUUCAAGCUCAAGCAGUUUGAGCUGACUUCCAGCCUGGACGAGAAUGAAUUGAUAACGCAGCUGCUGCAAUUGCAAACUGAACUAAAGGACAAACAGGACAGUGAACCAGAAACGCUUUUGGAGGUGGACAUAGACAUGACGCAACUCCAGCUUACGUUGUCUGGCGGCAAGCUGGAACCGAGCGAUGAGCAUGUCGUUGACUUAGAGGUCAAGCAGCUGCAGCAGUAUCAGAUGCUGGUACCAGCAUUGCGUGAGUAUUUCAUGGAUCGCGUGCUCAGCCGAUCACUCAACGCUGACUUUGAUGAGCAAUUGAAUCGAGACUACAGCGAGAAAAUAAUUACCCUUAAUAGCCAGCUAUGGAGAUGUCUAAAUACUCUUAAUAGUUCAACUCAUGGCAAGAUCUUGUCAGCGGCCAAGCAACUACAACAGGCUGAUUUUGAGCAACUGCAACUGCAACUCAAUGGCAGCAGCUGCUACAGGUCAUUGCGAAGCUAUCAACGUCAGUAUUUGAAUGCACUACAAAGCUAUCAACUGGAGAAUAUUGCCACACGCAUCGAUUGUGCCCAGACGCCAACAGAGACGGAGCUCUCAAGUCGCUAUAACUAUCAAGGUCCGCCAUUGACCAAUGCGUUGCUCGCCUUGAUUUGCCAGUCAAAUGGUCAACUGCUGUCGGUGCCACUCAGCGAUCUGCAGCCUUGGCGACAGUCAUUGCAAGAGACGCGUCAAUUGCUCUGGCAGAAUGCGGAGCUUGUGAGUCGUCGUCACAGUCCAGAGCUGAACAAUAAACAGUUGGCGCAGCAGAACGCCAGUCAACUGCUCCAGGAAUUGGAAUACAUUAAGAAAAUCCAACAGCAGUUGCAGCAGACUGACGUUGGCUUUGAGAGCUGCAUCACAGACCUGAAACAGGUGCUGCAGCAGUUGCAACUUGACACUCAGCAGCCCUUGAACAGCGUCUUUGAUGCUGCACUGGCAACCACGCUGAUUGGUGCCUUAGAGUUGAGUGUGCUCACACAUGCGCCCCUAAUCGAUCCUGUGGAAAAGAACAGACUGAAGAAUCUGUACAUAGCUGAGGACAUUGAUUGCCUUAGCCAUUUGAGUACUGCCUACGACUUCAUGAAGAUCAUCAUGAAGUACAAACACUUUGGCCAGCAAAUCUAUGAGCAGUUGCAGCAGCAGUUGCUCUUGGCCCGACAGCAACAACAGCAACUCAAUAAAAAACUGGCUCUGCGUCCCGAACAGUGUCUCUAUGCUUCACUUGUGCAGGAUCUGACGCACUUCCUCAAGUCAAAUUGCGACUGCAAUGCGUUGCACAAAAUAAUCACAGCCAUCCGAGAAAAUUGGUCAUACUUUGUGGGUCCACAGUUAGCCGAUGCAGCGCAGCUGAAGAGCAGCGCCGAGCUGCUCAACAAACUGGAGCUGUGGCUGGCAAAUGCUCAACGUUUUGUACAUCACACGCUCGCCCGUUACGCUGCCUAUUAUCAGGACUUUGUGCUGCCCAUCAAAUGUGCUGUGAAUCAAAUGCGUUUCGGCCUCGAGCAACUAAAGGUGCUCUUCUCUCGACUCUUGGUGGCGGGUAGCUCCAGUGAAGCACAGAGGUUGGAGCACACCAUCAGUCAGAUUGUGCAGUUCCCCUCGCAGCGUCCAUUGGCCAUCAGGAAUAGUCAUGUCUACGGAUUGCUGGCCAAGUUGCCCCACUGCGAACACGAGUACUUCCGCCUGCUCAAGGCAAAACUCAGCGAGUUGCGGAACUUCAUCACCAUUGCCUCGACCAUUGAUGAGACGAUCUUUGUUGCCUACGACGAUGCGUUGAGCAUCUGCAAUCAGACCUGGCAGUUGGAGGAGAAGCGUCGCAAUGAUAAGCGUGCCGAGGAAGAAAGUCUAUACAAGACUAAGACAAUUGGUGGCAUUGAAGAUGAUGAGGUGGUGGAACUUCAAGAAAUUGAAGAGAACUUCCCGACUCAUUUGGACGAGGACUUUGCUGAAUUUGUCGAUCAACCAACGUUAGAGCAGGUUCUAAAACUGGAUAAGAAGGCCAACACCAAAGCUAAGCUGGCGGAGAUUGUGAACGAACAGGAUUACGUAUUCUUAGUGCGCAAUUUCAUUGAAGUGAUGAGCAGCCAUACGCCGGUUAACUACAAGGAUCAAGAACAGCAAUCACAUCGCUCAGAACUCCAAUUAAUUGCACCAUAUCAGGCGCGUCUUCAGGUCUUUGCUCAGUUGCAUGGACACUACAAGACAGCGUUGAGUCCUCAACUGGAUAGCACCAUCUACAAUGGCUUGGCCUUUGCCUUGGCGUUGCAGCAGCGUCAGCUGAAGGACAUUGAGCUGGAGGACAUUCAGGCAAAUCGCAGUUACGACUACUACAAGGACUCGAAUAUCUCGGAGGUCGGUGGCUGCAUGGGAGUCAUGGAGCGCAUAGAGAAGCGUGUGCUGGAGCAACUUGAACUGUAUCCCGAGCACGCUGGUCUCGCGGACAUUAAACUGGUCAUUGCACGCAUCCGCAAGCUGCCCGCCAAUGCCAGUGUGGGUCGCUUCAACACUGGCUUCCAGCUGCUGCGUCAGAAAUUGUCACUCUGGAACGAGGUGGCUCACAAGAACAAUAAUCUGGUGGCGGAGGAGAUUGAGGUCGCUGAGUUUGUGCAGCGCUGGACGAAACUGGAGUUGCAACAUUGGCGCAACUGUCUUAAUCAGACGGGGCAACAAGUGGAGCUACAAGCAUAUCGAUAUUGGUUCUUCAUCUAUAAUCUGCUGCAAACUGGAGCCGAAUUGCCCGAGUUGAUACGCACACUGCGACAGUUUGUGGAGGCAUCCAGCUAUGGCGACUUCCAUGUGCGUCUUCAGCUGUUGCACGGUUUCGAGAUGUAUCUGCACAAUCGGGAGCGCGGCGGAAAGCAAGAGGAGGCACCAAUCCAACCGCUGAUUGCAGCGCUGCACAAUCUACAAUUGUAUUUUGCACAGUUCGCAAACGAGGUGGCUGAAACCGUUAAGACGCGUCGCUUGCCCAUCGAGAAGAAGCUGCGAGAGUUCGUCAAGAUCCAGAGCUACAACAAGGAUCUGAGUUACUUUAGCAUGCGCAACAAUGUGGCCACCGUGCACCGUAAUUUGAACAAGUUCCUUAAGGAACAUCGUCUGCAGCUCGAGCAGAAGAUCAGUGAUGUUUUCCAACCCAAGGACGCCACCGUCAAGGACUACAGUUUGGACAAGAGCAAGUCGGCUAAAAAUAAACCCAUGCCUUAUCUAACGUACAGCAAACACUUUGUGGCCAGUGAGCAGUUGCGUCAAAAGUACAAUGCUCAGGAUCUGGGUGAGGAAAAUGCGUCAAUCUUGCAAAAGUUGGGCAAACAUUUUGGCACCGCUCGCACCAUUGUGCGGGAAACUCUCGCAAAUACUGGUUUUGGUCCGUUGAUUGCUGAGCUGGAUGAGCUGGUGGACCAGCAGCUGGAGCGUUGUGAGCAUCUGCGCAACCUCAACGUGGAUCGCAGCAAGGAACGACCACAACAGAAACUGCAGGCCAAGCAGAUCUUGCAGCAGAAGCGCAAGGCAUUAAUCGAUCUCUUCAAGCUGCUCUCACGUCUGGGCCUCAACUACAAGACGGGUCUCAUGGAGCUCUCGCUGCGUAACGAAUUCGAGAACUUCCAAUUGCCGCCAUUCAGCAUCAAAGCCAUGCUGCCCUCACUUCUUGGCAAUUGGCGACAGCUUAACCAGCAGCUGGAUCUGUACUACAUGAAGAGUGUGUUCAAGCUGAAACUGCUUCAGAACAUUAUGCUCACUCCGCUGUCGGAGUUGGGUCCCCCAAAUAUCGAGCGUAUCAAGGGUUUCGCUGUUGACAUGUUCCUCCUGGUGCAGCAUCAGCGAGAGCAGCUGUCCAGUUCAACAAGGCAGUUGCAUGAACUGCGGAAUGCCUUGAAUAAGCUGCGACAGCUGGCAGAUAUUGUGUUACCAGAGCAGGCAACAGCUGUUCAGUUGAGCUUUGCCCGCAAUGCGGAUGAAUGCGUCCAUCUGAAGCAUAAGCUCUGUCAAAUCCAGUAUGUACUGCGCCAAUGGCAAUUGCUACUCCAUUGUGCACCCGGUCAGGAGAGCAGCGAAAAUAGUUUGUUGCUUCAACGUCAGUCGCUGCGUUUGCCUGAACUCUUCGAACUUUGCAGUCAAGUCCUACGUAGCAGCCAAGUGCUGUUGCAGGAGCUGGAGCUUGCGAAUACAGACUUCCUAGACAGCAUAAAAUUGCAGCAUUAUCAGCGCAGUUACCAGAAGAUCAUUGACAACAUUAAGCAAGUGUUGGUGCAGCUAGAGGAUAAACAUGAGGAGCACUUGCCGUUGGCUCAACCACUACUCACAUUGCUAACCACAUUGGAUAGCACUACAGUGCCGUCAGCCACUGAGGUAGAGCCCAUUGAGCUGACUAAUGUGGAUGCCGAGCUUGCAAACAUUGCCCAUGCAGUGCUCUUGGCGCUGCAGAAGAUCUACAAGGAACAUGGCCAACAGCCUGACAAGGAAAACGAAUCUGAAAAUGGCACCGAGCUGAAGGAGCAGCAUCUGAAGCAGCAUUUGACUGGCCAACUGGAUGCGGAUUGGGAACUGCUGAGUAUGCCACGCACUCUCGAAAAGCUCUCGAAUGUGCUGCUGGUGCUGAAGCAUGCCGAUCCCAGCAAGGAGAAGCUGCUUUGUUUGCGCCGCGCUGUGGCAUUGUUGCCCGUACUGGAGCAGUAUCAAUUACUGGCUGAUUACAUGCUGUUACAGCAGCUCGGCACCCACAAGAUCUCCGCCAAGAUUCUGUCCAUUAUGCUGACCGCAUUUGUUGAGAUUGGCAGCAAGGGUUUCUGUGUGCCACCGGAUCUAAUGCAGGACGAGGAAGGUCAAGCCAAACAGGAGUCAAAGAAUGGCGAGGGCUUUGGUCUGGAAGAUGGCACUGGCGAGAACGAUGCAUCCGAUAAGAUUGAGUCCGAGGAUCAACUGGACGAUGCAAAACGGCCAGAGGAUCGCAAGGAUGAGGGCGACAAAGAAGAGCCCGACUGCAAGGAGGAGAAGGGUAUCGAUAUGAGCGAAGACUUUGACGCCAAAAUGCAGGACGUGGACAAACCAGAAGAGGAUGAUAGUGGAGAGUCCGAAGAGGAGGACGAGCUCAACAAAGAGAUGGGUGAAACAGAAGACGGUGCCGAGAAGUUGGACGAACAGAUCUGGGGCGAUGACGAGGAGAAACCUGAAGAGGAAGAAGAGGAACCUGACAUGAAUGAAGAGGAUCAGGGUAAAGGCACUAAAGAUGAGAAGGAUGAGCACAAUGAUCUGGACACCAAAAACGAUGCGGCCAAAGAGGAUGGCAAGGACGAGCAUGAGAAGGAUGGAUUGGAUGCCACAAACGAACCAAGUGGUGAAGAUAAACGCAAGGAGCAAGCCAAGGAUAUUGAUGACAUGAAGGAACCAGAGCUUGAUGAAGAACAAACGAAUGCCAUGCACAAUGAAUUGGAAGAGCCGCCAGAACCUGAAGAAAUGGAUCUGGGCGAUAUGAACAAUGUGGACGAGGGUCAUGACAAUGAAGACGAACAGGCGAACGACGAGAAUCCAUUUGAUAUUGAUGCAAUGAAGGAGAACAUGCAGCCAGCCGAAGAGGCAGAGGAAGAUGCAGCGGAGGAAGAGACCAAAGAAGAUCAGCCACAAUCUGAUGACAGCGACUCGGAAGCAGAGGAAACAUCCACCGAAAAGGACAAAACGCAAAAUGACAAAGACGAGGCAGAAGAUGAAGACGCCGCUGCUGAAGAGGAGAAAGAUAACGAGGAGCCAGAAACUCAAACUCGCGGCGAGCUCGAUAAGGAGGAAGAAGAGAAGCCAGAUGAAGCACAUGCUGAGCCAGAAACUCGCGAAGAGAAACCGGAGGAGCACACGCAGUCAAAGGACAAGUCUAGCAAAGAGGAAAAUGUUCAAUCUGUUCCGGAUACGGCGCAAAACAGCUCAGCGGAUCAGGUGCAGCAGCAGCAGGAAGAAGAUGUUAAGCAGGAGCAGAAGAUGGACGAGCAGGAAACUGGCGAAGAGAAGGAUGGCGUUGGACAGGCUGAAAAUGAUACAAACGAUGGAGGUCACCAAGGAGUGGCUGAGACCAAGGAAACUGUUUCCCAGGAGGAUCGAAAGAAUGAAAAGGAAACUCAGGAGAAGCGUAAACAAGGACGCACUAAUGAAGAACGCUCACUAGGUGAAGCUGAGCAAAACAAACUCAAGCAGCUGAAAACGAUUGAUCAACUGAAGGAGUCCAAGCAGAACGAGGGCGAAAAAGAGGAUCAAGCGGAACAGGAUGCAGAGGCCGAGGAAUAUCAGCAUGUGAAGGAACCGAAGAACAGCGAUAAAACCACAUUGGACAAUGCAACAGAGGAGCAAUCCAAGCAAAUCAAACACCAAGAGGAUGAGGAGCAGAAGGAUGACGAAAAUGCAGAUGCCGAAAACGCUGAUCAGCUUAUGGAAGAGGAUGAGUCUGCAGUUAAUCCAGAAGAAGACCCACAACUUGAACAACUGAGUUCUGAAAAGACAGAUCAGAAGUCGGACAAACCUUCCAAGACGGAACAAUCAAAGGAACGCCUCGAAACACCACCCGAGCAAAUGGAAAUCGAGGGUGAAGUGGUGCCUACAAUGACAGUGCCACGGAGUGCCGAGACCACAGCGCACAGCAACACUGAGCUUCUGCUGGAUAAGAGCACAAAUGCACAGGAUCUGAGCACAGCCGAACAAAUCGAGCUGCGUCAAAUGUAUCAACAACAGUUAACCAAUGCUAGUGCCACCCUGCCGCAGCACGAGGAUUACGAGAGUUGGUCGAGUAUAUCGAAUCGCAUGACCCAGAACGCUCGCGAGCUGUGCGAACAAUUGCGUCUUAUCUUGGAGCCAACGAAAUGCACACGACUCAAGGGCGAUUAUCGAACGGGACGUCGCAUUAAUAUGAAGAAGAUUAUACCGUAUAUUGCAUCACAAUUCCGCAAAGACAAGAUCUGGUUACGUCGCACGAAGCCGGCACAGCGCGACUAUAAGAUUACCAUUGCCAUUGACGAUUCAAAGUCGAUGCAUCACAACAAUUCCAAGACACUCACACUAGAGGCUAUCUCCUUGGUGUCACAAGCACUGACGCUGCUCGAAAGUGGUCGGCUAAGCAUCAUUUCUUUUGGAGAAGCGCCCAAAAUCAUUCUGAAUCACACCGAACAGUUUGAUGGACCGCGUUUGGUGAGUGCCCUCAAUUUUGAUCAGGAUAAAACGAAGAUAGCUGGUCUACUCGAUUUUAUACGCACCAUCAACAUCGAGGAGAGCGGGCUUGGUGGCGAUAACGGUCUAUUUGAGAAUCUUCUGCUCGUACUGAGCGACGGGCGCAACAUAUUUAGCGAGGGUAACCAAAAAGUGAAAAACGCCAUCAAAUUGGCUCGCUUGCAACGUAUCUUCCUCGUCUACAUAAUCAUCGAUAAUCCAGAUAAUAAGAAUUCCAUUCUUGAUAUACAACACGUGGAAGUGAACAAGGAUGGUUCGGUUAAUAUUAACUCAUAUCUAGACAGUUUUCCUUUUCCAUACUACGUGAUUGUGCGGGACCUAAACCAACUGCCGCUUGUCCUAAGCGAGGCCAUGAGACAAUGGUUCGAAUUAGUCAAUAGUGAAUUGUAAUUUAGUUCUUAUAU